AUGACUGAUAGAAUGGAUACUAGUAUGGAAUAUCCAUCAUUUGAUCUUCAAUCAAUUCAUGUUUCAUUUGAGGAACGACGUUGGUUAGUAAAACAAAGAUAUUUACAUAAGUUAGAUAAUUUAAUACAACCAAUUGUUGAUCUUCAAAAAGCGAUUCAGCACUAUGACCAAUUUUCUAUCAUAUCAACAUCAUUAUCAUCUUCAUCUAUGAUACCAAUAGUACGCUUGGAUGAUGAACAUCCUCUAUAUUAUUCAUCUGUUGUGAAUGGUUGUACAGAUAAUCAAAUUGAUCAAUUUCGUCUUCAUAAUCAACAAAUGUUUCAAUUAAUAUUUAAUGAUUUAUCUACUAAUUUAAAUUAUCGUAUAUUCAUUAUUAUAAUCGAAGGAUUUAUUUUUUAUUCAUCUCAAACAGCAAAACAAUAUAACUCAAGUAUAACACAUGAAAUGCAUAGAUGUUUAUCAUCAUUUGAUACAUAUAUACGAUCACGUUCAUCAAAAUUAACUAGUCUUUUAUCAUUCUUAACUAAAUUAUCGAUAUCAUCUUAUACAAUUGUUCAUACAAAUAAUGAAAAUAAUGUUGGCAUACUUUUUCAAGUAUUACCUAAAGUUCAUUAUUUUUUAACUCCAACAACACCGUAUAAUUCAAUAAUAGCUGUUGAUCAAUAUGCUAAACAUAUUAUUUCACCUGAAGAACUUCGUUUUAUUGAUUAUACUAUGAAUAUAAACAAUAAAUCUGAUUCAAGAUCUGUUGUACUUCAAUCACCAACUUAUACAUCUCCAAAUGUAACACUUCCUUUUAAUGGACCACUAGGAGGAAAAAAUGGAUCGUUGACACCAUUUCCUCUUCUUUUUCAAGUUUAUCAUUCAUUACCAAUUAUAUAUCCAUAUGAUAAUAAUAUGGUAUAUAGUCAAAAAUAUCCUACAUUUUGGACGGGUAAUGUGCAUACUAAUGAAAAUAGUGAUGCUUUAUUUCAAGUAAUUACACUUGAUACAAAUUCACCAGAAUUUUUAUUUGUUCAACGAUUAUUUUAUAAAACAGUUUCUGAAACAGAUAUUAAAAUUGCAGUAAUUGAACGUAUAGAAAAUGCUCAUUUAUGGGAAAAAUUUUGUUCACAUCGUUCAUAUAUGCGACGAAAAAAUGGACUUAAACAUCUCAAUGAAAAUUGGUUCUUUCAUGGAACAAAAUCUGACAAUCAUCAUCAUAUAAUAUCGCAUGGUUUUAAUCGUUCAUAUUGCCGUGAUCAUGUUUUUUAUGGUCGUGGUGUUUAUUUUAGUCGUUAUGCAUGUUAUUCAUGUCAUUAUAGUGAUCGUCAAGAUUUAUCUUUUCUUUUUUUAUGUCGUGUACUUGUUGGUCAUCAUACACCUGGUAGUAAUGAUAUUCGUGUACCACCAACAAUUACUUUAUCAAAUGGAAAAUCUAUUCAAGCAGAUUCAACAACGGAUGAAAAAAUUCCAUAUACAAUUGUUUGUACAUUUCAUGAUGAUCAAAAUUAUCCAGAAUAUAUCAUAACAUAUAUGAAUAAAGUGAAUCAACAGUAA